GUCUAUUAAUUGUCACACUACACCAACAGUGGUGUAGAGAAUUCCUAACACUAACUAUACCUAUUCUUCGGAAGAACAUUAAGGGGUAGUUUGCUUGUUGGAUUUGGAUCAUGGAUUUGGUACCCAAAUCACAAACUUGAUGGAUUUAACACAAUUUCAUUGUUUGUUGAUGGGUGCCAAGUCCGUGAAGUCCACAGAUUUGUUCUUUAAUUUGAGAUCAAACCCGUGGAUCCUACGGACUUGUAAAUCCCACAUACUUGUUUGGGAUUUGUAAAUUCAUAAUGGUUAGUUACUUAUGUGAAAAAUCCAUCAUAAAUAUAUUAUUAAAUCUAUCAUGCAAACACUAGACUUUUUUUUAAACUCAAACACUAGACUUUUCAAUCCAGAAUACAAUAAGGGGUCGUUUGGAUCUAGAAUUAUGAUGUGAGGAAUUUGGGAUCCAAUUUCCUCAUUAUAAAACACGGGUAUUUAAAGUGCAAGAUUUUAACAAUUUGUUUGUUUGUUUACGGGCCCGAGAUUUCUUAAACAACAAUUUAACCUUUUAUGGCAGAUGCCAAAAUACAACUCUGCCCUUUGCUAAUUGCUACUCUUCUUUGCAGACAACAACCCAAAUAUUCUUCCCUAACCCAUCUUUUUCUUCUACCUUCCCACUGUUGCUCCUCUCAACGGCAGCUUGCUGAAUCCGUCAAUCGCAUCUCUCUAGCUAUUUCCUCUUUUCGCCCCUCAAUCUUAACGCUGAUUUCGUUGAACCCAGAGCCCAAACCUAUUGCAUGUUGAUUUGCAAGCCUCGAAGAACCCCAAACCCAAAUUGAUUCCUUCUCUAGCCGGAGCUUGCCGCAUGCCUCGAAGAACCCUCCCGCCGGCUGGAAGUAGACCAAUCUUUGGAGGUAGAUGAAUUGCUCGAAGAACCCUCUCGUCGGCUCAUGAAGAAGAUAUAAAUUCAGGUUCCAGAUCUGAAUUCUUCGCUGACCGGCGCAGGGGAAGAAAGCGGAGUGCGGCGAAGGAAGAUGAGAAAGGAGAUGAGUCGGGGGCGGCGGUGCACGAGGAUGUGGUGGUGGUCGCCUCUCUCACGUCGUUAGUCGUCUCUCUUGCGUCUAACUCCGGCGAGAUUGGCUCUGGGCACGUUGGGACGCAGCCACACAGGGACACAUCGUCGUCGGUCGUCUCUCUCGCAGCCACGCAGGGACAAACUGGGAAGAAACAAAAAAAUCGGGGCCGGAUUUUAAAAUACUUGGUGGCUAGCAGCUAUUUUUAAUUCCGGGCUGGGUCGAAUUUCAAAAACCUGGUGGCCCAAAUCCCGCCCCUUUUUUUUAGCUAUCCAAACAGGAGAAUGGGUUAAAUUCCUGGACGGGCCAGGAUUUGGGCCGAAUCCCUGCCCACAUUUUGGGAUCCAAACGACCCCUAAAUCUAUCAUGAAUCCCAAGGUUUUUGUUACCAAAAUCUUUAUUUUUCAAAUCCAACAAACAAACUACCUUAAAAGCCAAACGUGGCCCGUAGCGUAACAGAUCGAAGGCCCAACUAACCUGCUGGGCUACUACUAGUACUGUCUGCAUGGGCCACGGCAAUAGGGAGGCGAACGACACCGUUCUGUUCAGCGUUCUGGUAGUGGCAGUGGGAUGUAAAUGACACGUCAUCUUCGCCCUCCUCACGGAACAAAACCCUGGAAGAAAUUCAAUUCAUCCCGCCGACUUAAAACCCUCAUUCUGUUUCUUUCCCUCUUUUUCAAGUCUACCAAUGGAGGAGCCGCGGCGGCAGCAGCAGCCGUCGCCAGAGCUUCGCGCUCCAACGGAGCCGAACCCGAAUCAGAAUUUCUGCCAAGAAGCUCAACGCACAACGGUAGUACUAUGCGUAGAAUGCAAAGAGAAGGCGGCGAAAUACAAAUGCCCCGGCUGCUCUCUCCGGACCUGCAGCCUCCCUUGCGUCAAAUCACACAAGCACCGGACUGGCUGCUCCGGCAAGCGAGACGUCGCCCCUUUCGUUCCCAUGUCUCAGUUCGACGACAAAACCCUUCUUUCUGAUUAUAACUUUCUCGAGGAAGCGAAGAGAGUGGUUGAUUCAGGUGCAAGGAUGAGAGUUCAAUUGCGUGCUUACCCUCAAUUUCGGCUGCCCAUUCACCUUCAAAGCCUGAAGCGUGCGGCAUCAAGUCGCAGAACAAACCUCCUUCUUCUCCCUAGUGGAAUGUCAAGGAGGGAGAAGAACCAAACUCGCUAUGACCGCAGGAAGAAGUCGAUCUUCUGGACCAUAGAAUGGAGGUUUCGCUCAACUGAUGUUGUUCUAGUUGACCAUGGCGUAAAUGAAAACUCGUCAAUUUGCUCUGAGAUUCAGAAGCAUCUGAGCCCAGGACCAUGGAAGCAUAAGUUAAAGCAGUUCUGUGAAGCGGGUUUGGAAUCUCUCAAGUGCUUCAUACGCAAAUAUCCAAAGGGGAAAUCACCUUUUCGGGAGCUGGAUAUAAAGGCCCCUUUAAAGCAGCAAUUAGGGAAUCUAAGUGUGUUGGAGUACCCUGUCAUCUACGUUCUUCUCCCUUCUCAAAGUUGUGAUUUUGAAGUUGUAGAAGACUUGCUUCCGGUGGCGCGUAGGCCGGAAGCUAAGAAUCGUGUGAGCAAUGAUGAUCAAUUGAUGAUCCCGAAUGGUGUUCCCUUCCGUGAGGAGGAAAUCAUUGAAGAAGAAGAAGAAGAAGAAGAAGAAGAAGAAAAUGGUCCUUCAGGUGAUACUCAGGUUUAUGAUCUUCUUGCACAGGGCGAAGUUAAGAAUCCAGGGUACCAAGAGCCGGCUCAGAAAGCCACAGAUAAUCCAGCUGAGGAGAAUUCGUUGUCGGGAAACAAUUUGCUCUCUUGCUUGAAGGACACUCCAUGUGGAAUAUUUGAUGACAUGGAUUUCGAUUUUGACCAGAGCCUGAUAGAUAAGUAUUCAGAUAUAAUAGAGAUCAACACCGAUGACUUUCUUGAUUUUGAAGGUGAUUUGCCCAUGGAUAUGGGAGGUAACGGUGGAGAUGAUUUUCUAAGGUUCAAUAUGAACCCUGAAGAGUUGGAAGAGGGGGAAAUUGCCGAAUAAGGGGGAACCCUGCAUUAGACCACCAUAACGCCUUCAUAAUCCUAACCCGAUGGUUACUAGAUUGAGGUCACUCUGGAUGCUGCUGGUCAAGGGCGCGUUUCAUGCUACUGCAGUUCUGUAAAUCUGAUGUAACUUCUCGCUCGCUCAUGCAUGAAAGUGUUGUUUUCUUGUGUGAAAUUGCUGUCAUUUUCUUCAUCGACUUCAUCAAGCUGUGUCCAACUGUCUAUGAUGGCGACUUUCCUCUCUCGUGGUUCUUGUCCAUAGAUUUUAUCUGCUGGUUGCAUCAGCCGUGUGAUGAUCCGGGAAAGAACGUGAAGAUGAUCAAGCUGCAUCGAUGAGAAGUGACUGGAUCCAAUAAAUGCAAGUUAACUUCCAAUCCAAGUUUAAAGUUCUUCCCCAGCUCAAGUACAAUCCUCUGAGAGAAAUUUCUCGAUAAACCAACUCUUACAUGGAGUACAGGGUUUGUAGUCAGGGGAGUUAUUUGGAAGAUUUGGAGAACCUUUGAGCUUGCUUGUUUCGGUAGAAGCGGGAUGACAAUCAAAUCCACGAUUGCGGAUAAUAUGGAGAAUCUCUACGUUGACUGGGAAUGAGUAAAACUAAUAAUUUUUUUUAAGGGAUGAGACGGGUAUGAUUUUAGACUCUCUCGGUCCCACCACAAUUAUUCCUUUAUAUAUUUAAAAGAAUAGAGAUCAAAUUAUAACUUAUCAAUUAAAAGAAAGUUGGUUAAUAUUUAGAAUAAAGAGUUAAAAUGUAAUUGAGUAAUCACCAUUCACCUAAACAAAACUUUAGUUUCCCCCUCAAUUCCCCCUCAAUUCUCUCUUCACUCACUCCCUCCCUUUUAACAAGAUUGUUAUGUCAAAAUGUGUCGGAGUUGUACAUGAAAAUUUUGGAUAAUAUUGCACAUUUUCUUAUUAUUAAUGGAUGUAUGCGAUUAAUUUAUAUCAAAAUGGUUGUAUCUUGAUUGAUUUUAUUAUUUAUUAUGUUUGUAUGUUAUAAUUAAAAACUUACAUGUUGAAUUUUAAAUAUAGUAGUUGGAUGUACGAUACGAGUACCCGAAAAUCGUGGGUAUAGAGAUGGAGAUGCAAAACCUUUCGGGGUCGUUUGGAGAAUAUGAGUUUAAAUCUAUAGAUUGUCAACAAUCUAAAGAUUCUAACUCUUUGGAUUGUUGAAAAUAGAUUUUAAAAUGUUUAUUGUUUGGUAACUGUGAUUGUUAACAUUCAAUGAAAAUAAACAAAAUUAUUUUUAUAUUAAAUAACGUGUUUAUCCUUAAUAAAAAAUUAGAGUGGUUCGAGAAAUAUUAAAAUCUUUGUUGAUAAAUAUAUUUAAUAUGAUAAAUAAAUAAAACAAAGAGAAAAAGUUUGAGGAAAAAAAUCUUACGAAUCAAGAUAUAGAAUCUCUCUGAUUAUGAGAGAUUUGAUAUCAGUAGAUUUUAGAGAUUUGAAAUCUCUAAAGCUCAAAUCCACAAUACAAAAAACAACAAAAAAAAACAUAACUUUCUACAAAAUCUAUGGAUUCAAUGAAUCCACGCCCUAAAUCUAUGGAUUCAUGUAUUGAUGUAACAGGUGUGAAUUUGAAUAUUUCAAAAUGGUGAAGUAAUGGUUUAGGAAAAUCCUCCACUAAUCCAUCCAUUAACAUCCUAAAAGCUAGUUGCAAGCACAUUGUUUGGCAUGUGGUGUUAGAAAUUAGUUUGUGUUGUAUUGCAUUGCAUUGUGUAGAUAGUUAAAACUUGAUUGUUGCAAGGAUUCAUGUAACAAAUUGUAUAAAGUUCAUAUGUGGGUACUCUAAUUAGAGAUUCCCCAUAAUUUAAUGAUUUUUCCCAUUAAUCAUAGAAAGUUGAUUUGCUUAAUGAAUUGUGAUCCGGAGCUAUUUUCAGAAUGAGAUUUGAAACAUAAAUUUAUAAAUUUCAU